AUGCGUUCGCCUCGCUUCCUGCUGCUCUUGAUCGCGGCGCUCUGCGUUGCUGACGCGGCCUUGUUGCAAAAUUUCAACCUCGCACGCCGGGCUGACAGCACGCUUGGAUCGACGGCCAGUGAUAGCAAGGAAUCGUCUACCGGCAACGCGGCCAGUUCGACUUCAUCGCCUUCGACUCCCUCUUCCACUGCUGCCUCCACCACGCCACCGCCUUCCAGCUCCAGCACCGCUGAGUCAACCUCUUCACCAACUUCCACAUCAACUCCAGCCCAGACUUCGUCGCCUCCUCCUGCUUCUCCUUCUUCCUCCUCCUCUUCUUCUCCAAUAGAAGCGCCCGCGUCGAGCACACCCACGCCAACUGCUUCGCAGCAAUCCACAUCACAGCAGCAGCAGCAGCAGCCUACAGAGCAGCCGACCUCGCAGGAGGAGUCGGCUUCCAGGUCCACCUACACCAGCUUCGUCACGUCGACGAGCACUCCAUCCGCGUCCAGCACCACCAAAUCUACGUCGACGCCUGACCUCAACUCAGACAAGGACGGCGCCACCUCGGGCAUGCCCACCAAGACUCGCAACACUGUCAUCGGCGUGGUAGUCGGCAUUGGCGGUGCCAUCCUGCUGGGUGCCGCUGGCAUGGUUGCCUACAGGAUCUGGGGUCGCAAAAAGCACUCGGAAGAAACUGACGGUCUUAUGAGCUACGAUCUGAGCACCAACGGCUACGAAAAGCACGAACCGUCCAACUCGAUUAGCAGCGGCAACCAGCGAACGCCGUUUCAGUCGACCUUGGAAAACUACCAUCAACCGAGCAAUGUUAAUGCUUCGGCCAACUUCUAA